AUGUUCCCCAGCUUUCUUCAGUCAGUGCUCUUAGCAUCGGGCUUAGUGUCGGCCACGCACGCCCUGAACCAUCAGCUGAUUGUCGGAACGUUCGGUACACCAUACCUGUACACCUUGGAGUUUGAAGAUGCUGCCCGCACUCUCACUUUGGCUGCAAACACGUCCGUCAACCAUGACAAGAAAGUCAUCUAUGGCAACGCAUUCGAGGAUACGGGCAGCAGCGUAUAUGUUAGCUACCCCCUCACCGAUGAUCUUCAAAUCUCUCCAGGCAAUACGGUGACGUCCCAGGGAGCGUGCAAGCAACUUUCAAUCUUCGUCAGACCAUCGCCCGCCUCUCCAUACGCAGUCUAUGGCCAACCUUUUGGUGCUUGUGGGACCGUUAUGUCAGUAGACUCGGAUGGUCUCCUCGUCGAGUCGAUCCAGGAAUACAACUACUCUUCUUCAUCUGGAGUUCAUGGUACUGCUUUUGACCCAACCGGAGCGUUCAUGUACUCGCUCGAUGAUACGGGCAACGCUAUCUGGGUACACUCUGUCGACAACUCGACAGGAGAACUGACUUAUGUCGCCAAUGUCACCGCGCCGGUAGAAGGUGCGGAUCCUAGACACGGCACUGUUCACCCCACGGGCAACUAUCUAUACGUCGUACACGAGGGAACGAACGAAGUGGGCGUUUACAAGAUUGAUACCAGCACGGGCAUUCCAACCUAUGCUGAUAUCUCAUAUCCUCUGAAACCUGAUGGCGCCAAUGACACCGACUACUGGUCGGACGAGGUUGCUCUUUCAUAUAGCGCAAAGUAUCUUUGGGCUACCUCGCGAGCACGUAACACCAACAGCACCGGGUACAUCUCAAUCCUGGCUCUCAAUGACGACGGAUCCGUAAACAAGCAGAACUUCCUGACACACACGACCUCUAGCGGAGGUAGCGCAAAUGCCGUCACGCCGAGCGACUUUGGUGAUCAAUUCGUUGCCAUCACUGAUAGCUCUGCCGGUUUCGUGGAGAUUUGGGAAAUGGGCGAUGAUGGCGCUUCUGCUGAUGUUGUGGCUCACUUGGACCUCAAUGACGGAGGCUGCUGCGCGAAUGCCGUUUGGCUUCCCUGA